AUGAAGGAUGAUACUCAUAUAUUUUUUAAUCCAGGCAACAACUGCACAGUGAAAGAUUCAAUUCACUGUAAUAUAGUCAUUCGGUUUUUGGUUGACGAAUUCCCAGAAUUUAAGGAGUGCAUGUGCACAGAGAAUAAGUGCAGCAGCAAAACAUUCCAGGCCAAGCAAUGCCUUAAUCGUGAAGAGUACAAACAUCGGCAGUCCUGUUUUGAGCUGAAUGUGGAAUGCAUUAGUGAUGAAGUCUGUAACAGACAAUUAGCUUUGUAUCUUCAAGUUUGCCAAGCAAACGGAUCACAGUGCAAUGUGAAACAAUGCCAAGCAGCACUGCAGUUUUUCUAUAAAAAUAUGCCUUUCAAUGUUGCCCAAAUGUUGACAUUUUGUGAUUGCAUGCAGUCGGAUGAAAAUUGCCACCAAGCCAAAGAAGUGCUUCAUGGCAAGUCAUGUGCAGGCCACGUGGUUCCAGCACCUUCGUGUCUUAGUGUAAUUCAAACAUGCCAAGCAGACAGUUUCUGUUGGGACAAAUACAAGAAUUUUACAUCAAAGUGUUUAAAAUACAUCAGCCAAACAUGCCUUGAAGAUGAAACUUGUCUACAGUUUUUGGAUAGAAAUGAUCUGAUUUGUUCUGACAGUGAUGAGUGCAGAGAGGCUUACAUAAACCUAUGGGGGUCUGUCCUUCGAGUUGAGUGUACUUGUGACGUCACUUUGGUGGAGGAUCAAGCUACCUGCAAAUGGUUCCAUCACGUAUUCCACAGCAAACCCUGUUUCAGUAAGUUGAAGAUUUCAUUUAUUGUGUCCUCUUGA